AUGCCUAACAGACAGGGCCAAGGAAUAAGCCUCUCCAAAUUAUUGAGUGCCGUUCUUGGUGUUAUCUUUCUGGCGCUUGUAGCUUUGGGCUACUUAUUCAUACGCAGAAGAGUAAAAAAGAUGACGCACAAUGCCCAACCACAACAAAACAGUAUUAACAUCACCAUCGAGGCCUUGCAAUUUGACUUGGCAACUAUCCAGAUUGCGACAAAUAAAUUUUCUAGCGAAAAUAAGUUAGGCCAAGGCGGUUUUGGUGAAGUUUUCAAGGGAACACUUGAUAAUGGACAAGAAAUUGCUGUGAAGAGGUUGUCAAAAUGCUCUGGACAAGGAGUACAAGAGUUUGUGAAUGAGGUUGUAAUGGUAGCAAAGCUUCAACAUAGGAAUCUCGUAAAGCUUCUAGGGUUUUGCUUGCAAGGAGAAGAAACACUACUUGUCUAUGAAUACAUGCCCAACAAAAGUCUUGAUUAUUUUCUAUUUGAUCCAAUGAAACGACAACAAUUGGAUUGGUUGAGACGUUGCAUGAUCAUUGGAGGAAUUGCUCGAGGAAUUCUAUAUCUCCAUGAAGAUUCCAGGCUUAGAGUUAUACAUCGCGAUUUGAAAGCUAGCAAUAUUUUGUUAGAUGGCAAUAUGAAUCCAAAAGUAUCAGAUUUUGGGAUGGCAAAAAUGUUUGGAGUGGAUGAUCAAACUCAAGGAAACACAAGAAGAAUUGUAGGCACUUAUGGUUACAUGGCUCCGGAAUAUGCUAUGGAAGGAUUGUAUUCCAUAAAAUCUGAUGUCUUCAGCUUCGGAAUACUCUUGCUUGAAAUUGUAACUGGACGAAGAAACUUUUUAGGGUUUCAUCUUGAAAAUUCUGCACCUACUCUUCUAGCAUAUGCUUGGCAAUUAUGGAAUGAAGGGAAGGGCACGGAGCUGAUGGAUCCAUUGUUGAAAGCUUCAUGCAGUCCAGAUGACUUUCGGAGAUACAUCCAAAUUGGGUUAUUGUGUUGUCAAGAAGACGCAAACAAUAGGCCAACCAUGUCGUCGGUUGUUGAAAUGUUGAAAACUGAAACUAUCAAGCUUUCGAAACCUGAACGAGCUGCCUUCUUAUUUACAGGAACUAAUCACCAUGAUCAAAUAAGUGCUCAAAGCAGUUCUGCAAAUGGUUUGACAAUUUCUGAUGAUGGACCACGUUGA